AUGGAAGAACUUUCGAUCCUCGGCGAAAAUCCAGAAGUAUUUCUUCAAUAUGACGAUCUUUACAGGUAAGAUAGUUUAAUUUAGUAUAUUUAUGUUUAGUUUGAACAUUGGAGCAGAUUAUCUUUCUGAGUUUGGCGUUCUUAUUGCCAAAUCAAAGAAGAAGGCUAAGAGUAAGACGGAUUUGGAGAAGAUUUUUGCUCAAACCUUACAAGAAAUGACUUAUAAGUUGAUUGGAAACAACAGAGUUACAAAGUUGGAUGUGUUUCUGACUAGAAAUGUAGGUUUUUUGUUUGAGUUUUAAAGUUUUAGGCAUUGAAAUGGCUGAAGAAGUUGAGGUCGGGAUGGUUUUGGUCAUAAAUUCUUUGAACUUAUAUUUAGGGGCUUGAAAUUUUGUGUGAUUUGAGAGCAUUUAGAUGUUUAACUAAUGAGCUAAACAGAGUUUAUUUCAGGAAGAUCAGCUUGAAAGUGAGGACAAUGUUCGCAAGUACGUCGUUGCUUUGUCUUUGGGGGAAGAUUGGGCUGAUCCAUUGUUUAGAGGACCUCAAAGUAAUACUCCAGAAGGCAAAGAAUUCAGAAGUCAGUUUGGAGAUUUGUCGGAAAUUCGAAAAUACGCUGAUAAUUCCUUGUGUGAGACAGUUGAAUGGGUGAAGAUGAACAAAAACGCGUAUCCUGAAGAGAAUGAAGAUAUUCUGAAGAGUAUUCCACAAAGAUGGCUUGAGUUUAUUGUCUACAAGUAUGUUUUGCAGCUUUUUGUUGCGAUAGAUUUUAGAAAUUUAGGCUUCUUUUGCGAUCAAUGACAUUACUCGAAGCUGUUAAAAAAUAAUAUAUUUUGAUCAGAUUAUGCUGUCAAUUGAGUAUCUUUGUCUAAAACAACACAUUAUGUUACAUAAGUGAUCUCUUUCAGGAAGCUUAUGGUACCAGAAGGCUCGUUAUCAAGUGUUAUUAAGAAGCCAAGGCAAUGGACGUCUUUAAUACCUAAAAGUCAACUUCCACCUUCGUUUGUUCAUAGUGCUUUUGCCAAAUUGGGAAAAAUGUUCAGAGAAGUUAAGGAUCUGCCUUUGGCUAUAGUUGGCGUGAAUUGCGUUUCUGGACAUUACAGGAACACUGAGGCAUGUUAAAUUUAAUUUUUUGAUGUUGUAGUAGAUAAAAUGAUGUUUUUUGAUCGAACUAUUAGUUUUUAUUUGUGUUUUUGGAACUAUUUAGGCUUAAAAAAGGUUUUAAAAGUUGAAAAUAUUAUUUUUAUUUGCCUUAACCCUGUGGUUUUGUAGUUUUUGAUAAAGAGACGGCUAGUUUUGGCUGUUUUACUGACCUAUUUUUUGAAAAAAUGAUAUUUUUCAGCCUCUGCAAUACUGUGCCGCCCCAAAAAUUGUCGGAUCAGCUAGCAAGAGCGCUAUGAAAAAGUUGAGCACAGAUGAAAAUGCUUCUAUUCUACCAUUACAACAAGUUGUUGAAGGUAGGAAUAUUGAUUUUGGAGCUUUUUAUGAAUUUUCAAAUUGAAAUUUUAAGCUAAAAUCUUUAUUUUUCACAAUGGUUUUAAGCUAAUACCUCUCCCACUUUCAGUAUACACGUCACUGGAACGAAACGGUAAAUGGGGCAAAGUACCAACUCAAAUCGAAGCCUACAAAACCCUUUAUUACGAUACCCUGUCCAAAGAGCUCACAAAACAAUUCAAAUGCCUAACAGUGCCACAAAAGGAUCGUAUCAUAAUCAAAAUUGAUGGUGUCGUCUUCUCUAUGCGCGUUGUUCAUGACGAAGAGUUGGAGAAACAACGAAUCGAGAACGAGAAUCCACAGAAAGUGCCAGAAUCCUUCACGAAGCAUGCUCAUCUGGCGAUUACAGCUCAGAAGUUGCACUCUAUUAGUCAGAAGUUUAGCGCAUUCGGUGAGGGUGUUCAAUUGGCUAAGCGAUUUGUGGCUGGUGCCAAACUUUCGAAUCACUUUGAUCCGCUGGCUAUUGAGCUGAUGGUGGCUUAUGCUUUUUUGAAUACGAAAGGGAGAGAUGAAGGAAAUGUGAAGGCAAUGUAAGGCUAUUCUGUGAAGUUUUUAUAAAUUGUGGUAGUGCUACAUUAGUAUAAGGUAGAGUAUGACAUAGUGUGGGCUAUUAAAGGGUUUUUACUGUGCCAUAAUUUCUUAAAGUUCACGUUUUUACAUUUUUAAAACAAUUUAAAUGCUUGUUUUCAGGACCCCCUUCUCCGGCUUUCUUCAAUUCCUCAAACUCAUAGCAACUCACAAUUUCGUCGAACAACCAUUGAUAAUUGACAUGAAUGAGAACUUUUUGGAAGAGACAAAGACUGAACUUAUCGAGCAAUUCAAAAAAAGAAGGCCAGUCUUACCACCAAUUGUACUAAUCACUCCAGAAGACAAGAGUGGCGUCAGAUUGAUGGCCAAGAAGACAGAACCUUUUGCGGCCAAAAGACUGGUCGAAUUGGCCAGAAGAAAGUGGACGGAGCUGGUGGAGAGAUUGGCCGAAGGAAAACAUUGCGAUUUGAGGGUAGGUGGAAAGAAAGUUCUUGCGGUUUUUGGAAUUUUGGUUUUGUGGGGUUAGGAAAGGGGCGGGAAGACAGUUUGUGCGUUUUUUUUGAAUUUUUGGUUUUUUGGGUUUGGGAAAAGACUGGAAUGAAAGUUUUUGCUUAUUCUGGGACUAAAAAGCCUUGUAAAGAAAGUUCUUGCCAUUUCUGGAUUUGUAAAGAAAUUUUUUUCCAUUUUGAGUUUAGUAAAGAAAUUUAUUGCCAUUUUGACUAUUGUAAAGAUUUAAUCAAGAAAGCUUUAAAAAUGUUUUAAAAUGUCAUUUUCAGGUAUUCUUCACGACAAAAGCCUCGAUUUACGACCUGAAAAUUCAAAUCUCAUCGAAAAGAAGAACCUUUUAUCAAGUUCAAAAGCAGCUCCAGCAAAGUACGAGAGACAAAGUGACGAAAAAAUGUGUACUAAUGGUACCAGUACUUGAGUUUGAUGUAACGAAGAGAUUAUUAGCCAAAUUUGAGACUAAUUUCGGAUCAAAAGUGAUGUUCUUCUACGAUGAGUUCGAAACCGACAAGAUUUUUGCCGCCUUAAGGCCGAAUUUCAAGGCAGAAAAUGUUCAGCUUACUGUAAGUUUUUUUGGAAUUUGGUUUCGUGGUAUAUGAAGACUUCAAAAUUGCUUUUGAAAUUUUAAAAAUUGGUUUUAAAUACACUUUAUUUUAGCUAACAAACUGUCCGUUAAAGAAGAAAAACCUCUUUACCAAUGAAACCGAAGUCAAUUUGAAGGCAUUGGCCGAAGAUUUAAUGAUUCUUGGCCAAGGUCUGGUGGAAACAGUCCUCAAUUCAACCGGCAAAAUUCUGGUACAGAACAAACUAUUACCUAAAGUCAAGGCACAGAAGAGAAAGCCAAGAAAUCGACCAAAAAGGACAGUAAAAAGACCAAAAAGAUGAAGAAGGAAGAAGUGAAAGACGAAGAAGAUGAAAAUGAACAAGAAGGCUCUGCAGAUGAAGGUGAUAAUGAUGAUUCAGAUGAAGUUAAUGAAGAAGAUUCAGAUGAUAAUGAUAGACCAGAUUCUGGCAAUGAUGAUGCAGCGGAUUCAGAUGGAGAAGAAGAAGAAAGUGACUAA